CGAUGUAUCAAUGGUCUUCGUGCUGUGAUGGAAUAAGCCGUAACAUCAUGCAGAUAGGUGUCGGCAAAGGCAUUGCAGAGGGCCUGACAAAGAACGGGCUGUCUCGUGAAGACCUAUGGAUAACCUCCAAAUUGUGGAACGACCAUCAUGAUCCGAGCAAAGUCGAGGCAGCCAUUGACAAGACCCUUUCCAACCUCAAACUCGAUUAUCUGAAUCUAUAUCUGAUGCACUGGCCAGCCUCCACCCAUAAGGGAUACGAGAUACAGUUCCUUCAUACAUGGAAGGCGAUGAUCAAGCUAGUUCAGUCUGGCAAAGCGAGGCGCAUUGGCAUCUCAAACUUCUCACCUGAUCAGCUCGACACCUUGCUAAAUCACACCACUCAUCUACCGUAUGCUCAUCAGAUGGAGCUGCAUCCCUAUCUUCCUCAAGAUGACUGGAUCCAAUACCACACAAUGCGCGGUAUCCAAGUAACCGCCUACUCCCCUCUGUAUGUGAUGCUAUGAGCACAUGUGGGUUUCCCAGUCACAACGGGUCGAUUGGCUUAAGCGAGGCGCUGUUCCGAACAGAACUGGCGAACGUUGUAGUUCCCUCGACUCGAAAGACUGGCCUGUAUGAGAGCUCUGAUUCUAGUUUGGGAUGCUUGCUAAUUCAAUUUUGAUCCAAGUGAUGGUACUAAUCCCACCUACCAUCGCAAGUCGAAAAAACAUGCCCCCUCUGUUACUGGAAAUAAAGCCAUGGCCAUGA